AAUGCAUUUAGUUUAUACAAAUUUAUUAUAUUUGUUAAAUCGAUUUUUCAAUAAUGAAAAAGGUUAGUGGUAAAACAACUCCAGAUAAACUGCGAUACACGCAAGAUUCAAUAAGUUCCAAUUUCAAAAAUGGCGGAAGUAUCGAAGAAGCCAUCAAUAAUGUUGUUGCCGGGGUAUUAUCAGUUCUUGAUUUUCCUCGAAUGGAAGUUUACAGUUUUGCUGGUAGCUUGUGGUGUCGAAACAACAGGAGACUGUACGUUAUGAAAGAACUGCAACUGCGGGGGCAUUUAGGAGAAAUCGUUGUUGACUACGUGGGGGAAAAGCUACAUCAUAGAAGAUAUUUUACGACGAAAACAGACGGAAAAAGUAUACGAGUUCGCGGACAGUCUGGAAUUGCUGAUUUGAACUCCUUAUUUGCAGAUUUAACCAUUACUGCGAACCAAUAUAAUUACCAAUAUGAUGAACAUUAUAAUGAUCCAAACGAAGACCAAUACGAUGACCAAUAUGACGACCAAUACGAUGACCAAUAUGAAUACCAAUACGAUGACCAAUAUGAAGGCCAAUAUGAUGACCAGUAUGAAGACCAAAUCGAUAACCUAUAUCAGGGGGUAGAAGACUACAGUAAAUGGGUAACAUGCACUGCAGCUGACAUUAUAUUCGGUGUUUGA